AUGACCUACAACCCUCAACCGGACAAACUGCUUAGUAAACUCGAAGAAAGUGAGCCCGAUCCUCCCACAUCGCAAGAAGAUGAGUGCGUUAUUUGUAUUAAUGCACGUGCCACGAUGCAAACAUCGCCUUGUGGCCAUCGCGUUGUGUGUAGACGUUGCUUUGUGAAGACUAUACAAAGUGCAGUAGCGCAACGUUUACUGCCUUUGCGUUGCGUUAUAUGUAGAGCACGUGUAAAUCGUUUGACUUCCAGUUCGGGUACAUGGCGCAUACAAGAAUCAGCGAGUAGUUAUUCCAUGGGUGCCAAAAGUUGGGCCUCUGCUGGUGUAGGACCAGGUGGUUUACCUGCUUCAGCAAGUUCCUAUUCUAUGGGUGAUGCCCAUUUGGGGCACAAUAACUUUCAUGUAUCAGUACAAGGACGAUAUCCGCGUAGUCCUAAUGGGCGAGUAGCGCAAUCAUCUAGUCUUUAUUCAAUGAGUUCAACAGGUUCCUCUACAAUGUCUGGUGUUUCACAUAUGUCGGCGUUCUCGAAAACGUCUUCCAUUUCAAGUGGUCUCUGCUCGCCUGCUUCACCUAUCUCACCAUCAGCUAAUUCAUAUACACAGACUGCAACAGUGUUAAAUAAUCAUUUAGCACCACCAAUACUUAAUAUGUCACAUUCAUCAUCGUCACCGUCGGGUUCAUCAGGUGGUUCAUUAUCGCCACGUGAAUUUCAUCAUGUGCAUUCACAUCAUGCCGGUUGUCCUAGCGGUUGCUCAGGUGCAGUACCAAGGAAGCCACUUCAUUCUUUAAGCAACUCAUCUUCAAGCGGUUCGUGUAGUAGUGCAGGCAGCUGUAUUAGUUUUCCCCCGCCUACAAAUACCUAUCCCGGUCGACGACAUACCAAAGGACGUUUAGUUGAUUUGCAAAAUCGCUUACCGCCUAUAAAAGAAUUCCGUAGCCCUGCCAAAGUACCGCAUCCUUCACCAGUGCAUAUAAGUAAUCCACGUUUUCGUUAUGCUUCCUACACAAAAUCUGCUACGAAUGCACAUGAAACGGCUCCGUUGUUACGGGAACCUCCCUCGCCUCCCAGGCGUCCUAUGAAUAUACAAAUUAGUUCAUCACUUUCCACAUUGGGACCGCCGCCACUUAAAGCUGGUGGCGCAAAAAUAAGUCCAAUGACCUCAAAGAACGCAUUGCCCAAAAACGCGUACGUAGUUGGCAAAGAUAAGAAAGGCAACGCCAACGCAAAAUCUAUUGGCAACAGCAACAAACUGAGCCUGUCGACCAAUUCCAACAACAAUAACAACAGCAACAACAACAUCGGCGGUAAAAAAAUAUUGCACGACCAGAACGCUAAUGCGGCAACAGUUAAAUCAACUGCCACGAACUCCAAAGCGCACACACAGCAUUCAAGCUCUUCCACCAGAAGUUUUCCAUUGUUCUCAAGCAAUAACCACAAGGAAAAAGCUGACAAUAAAAAGAAUGAAACGGUUGAGCGUAAGAAGAAGGAAGAAAAGCUUAAAUUGAAAGCAGAAAAGGAAGCAAGAAAGGAAGAGAAGCGUCUUGCAAAGGAGGAAGAACGUCUUGCUAAAAUUAUAGCUAAGGAAGAAAAGAAAAAGGGCAAGAAAGAAGCGAAAGAAUUACUAUUAGCAAACGAUGGCAAUAACAAAAAAUAA